AUGAAUCCAGCCAGGACAGUCAAGCAAUUCUCUGUUUAGAUUCCUUCAAUUUAGACAUCUUUGGAUCUAAAUGAAAGAGACUCUCUAUUAGACUAAAAACCUUAAGAUGAAAUUCAGCCUUACAAUGAUAUGCAGAGUAUGUACAACAAGGAACUUAACUAGGCAAGUAGCUUAAACAGCACUUAAAAUAACCAAUAAAACUUGGCUGACUAUCAGCAUGUCACAAAGAGUCCUUAUUACAACGGAUAUGCAAUGGAUUCAGUCAUUCAAGAGGUGGGAACUGAAGAGGAAAAUACUACUAAUGAGCAGUUGGGCCAUCUGUCAUUUUCUAAUAAUCAAAGACGCAUGAGUUUGAUAUCUCUUCAAAAGGACUACUCACUUAGAAAUAACUAGGAUCUACUUCACUUGCAUAUGUACUUCACUACCAAUUAUGAGUUCUUUGCCAACUUGUCCAAAGAAAAAGGCUAGAAUAAUCUGUUUAGCUUGUUUAAGGGAAUGAAUCUAGAAUUUUACGACCCUAAUGAGAUUGUAUUUAACUAUGGAGAGCAGGGAGACUGCUUCUACAUUAUUAUUUAAGGACAAGUUGGAAUUAAAAUCCCAACUGAAGUUUCCCUCGAAUUCGGCAAUUACUAUGAAACAUAUACAUAUCUUAUGGAUAAAGGUGGUGAUGUAAUGAAAUGCAAGGAUAGCCAUUCAAGAGUAGUCAAGAAAUUUAUUGAGAUCAUAGGGGUUGAUCAGUUACAAUUGUAUAAGAUCAGGAAUAUAGAGGAAUUUUAUACCACUAUAAUGAGUAUUAUAAAGCUAGAGUAAUCAUCUUCCUUGUAUAAUGGAGAUGAGAGUUCUUCGAUAUAGAAUGUAAGUAGAUCGGAUUCAAGUAUAUUUGGAGGAGACUCAUCGACGAUCAAUGAUAAAAGAAGCAAGAUCAAUAGAUCUUUACUAUAAAGAGAACAAUUUCUCUAAGAGUUUGUCAAGUAAAUCUAGAUUUAAAGAGAUUCAAAUAAGCCUCUUUGUUUUCAGGCCUAAAUGGUAGUUUUAGAUCAAGUUAAUAUCUUAAAAGAAGGAAAGAGCUUUGGAGAAUUAGCUCUAAUUAAUGACUCUCCUAGAAUCGCGACAUGCUAGGCUUUAAAAUAAGCCUCAACUCAUAACCCCGAUGCAUUUCAAUAGCAAUAAAUUCAGGAUAAUAGACUUUAAUAGAAAAUAGUGCUUGCUGUAGUAAAUAAAAAUGACUACUUGAGUUAUAUAAGUGAAACAUUCCUUAAUAAACUCAAGAAAGCUAUCUAGGGCAUUUAGAAGUAUGAGAUAUUCUAAAGACUCUCGGAGAAAAAGCUCUAAGAUCUUUUCUACUUUUUGGAGGAAAAGAAUUUAUUUAGAAAUCAAUUCUUAUUUCAAGAAGGGGAGAGUAUAGAUGGAGUAUACUUUAUGACUUCUGGUGAGGUAUAGAAACUUAAGAAUGUUCGUGGUGCAAGCAAGAACAAAGCUUCUCCUAGAAGAGUUGAUUAAUAGUUAGUCCUGACUAUAGUAACUGGCUAGGAGAUAAUUGGACUGGAGGAGUUAAUAUCAGGUGCCAAAGAGCGAUAGUACAGCCUCAAAGUAAAAAGUGAAAAGGCCUCACUUAUGUUUUUUAAGGCAAAGGACUUCAAGGAGAGAAUACUUAUACCCUACCCUGGUCUGAUUCAAGAAAUCAAGGAUUAAAUAGAGUAGAGGUAGAAGUUCUAUGAUUCGAGGCAUGCUAGCUCUAAGAACUUUCUAGUCUAGCAACAAGUUGAAAAAUAUCAAACCCAGAUGAAGAGAUCUACCCAAAACUAAUAGUAGUCACUCAUAUCAACAAAUAUGAACUAGCUAGAUGGAAUAAUAGAAGACAAAGAUAAGGUGAUCUUAAGUGAGAAAGAGAGAAUGGCAAAGUAUUUCUUUGGAAAGGGAGUCCUUAAUGAAAGAAGUUUCAAUCUUGUUUAAAAGGCUAUUAAUAUUGACAAGGUCGAUGUAAUUAAUAAAUACCAGGGCAAACCCAAGCACAGAUAACCUAAGUAAAUCAGAACUAGAGAUCCUACUCCUGUAGCUACGAAUAAAGAAUUUUAAUCUAAAAAUUUAACACCUCGGACUUAAAUGAGCCAGCAAUCCUUCAUAGGAUAAGAUUACCAAAGCCAGAUGAAGAAGCAAAAGAGUAGUUUAAGCCUUCGAGGCUAGCAGAGUGAGUAGGCUCUAGUUCGAGAUUUUAGCAUACUGAAUGCAAACUAUCAAGACAGAAACCAUAACUUAGAUUCGAUUAACAAGUAAUUAAACACUCGCAUCGAUUAAGAAGUUCGUAGUCUCAGAUCCAAGAGUGAGAAUAAGCUGGUGGUCAGCUACUUAAGAGAGAACCUACUGAAGGACAAGCAAAUUCAUCUGAGUUUCCUUGAUGAUGACUCUGAUGAUCAAAUUGAUCAGAAUAUGAAGACAUUUGAAGAGAUCUAUAGAAGUAGAAAACUAGACAAGGUAAGGCUGCUUGCGAAACAGUAAAGACCAAGCAAUUCUAGAACUCAAAAGGAUCAGGAAAAGCAUAAAGAGUCAAUGAACGAGUUAUUUGAGAAGAUAUCCCAUUAGAAGGUUAGUAGAAACGAAGAGGGAUAGAAGAAUGGGAGUAAUGUAGAGAAGUCCAGGAAUACUCAACUAAAGUAAAUCUAUUCUAAUGAUUAGAGUAGAUUUAUGCAGAAACUUAAAACUACAAACAAUGAAGAAGUCAAGAAGUAGAAGAAGUACUUUAUUCAUAUUCCAACUUAUGCUUAUGCUAACAUUUCCAAUUCUCAAUCUUAAGAUGGAAUUCCUUCACAAGAAGACAGCAUUACCUCUAGUUAGCAAUACUUAAACCAGAAACAGCAUAAAGAACAUUUUGACCACUAUAUAAACUAGCAUACUACUACAAAUACAAUAGCCACUAAUACUAAUGACUUCUUUAAGCAUCUUGAGAUAAAAACUACUAGAAAUAUGCCUAACCCUUAAUAUAACUACCUUAGAAUCCAAACUCAGAACAAACCAUUUAUGCCCUCAUCGAUGUAUAAAGAAUAUCAGCCCAUCAUUUCCGAGAUGAAAUCUGUUUAGACCACUUCUAAUAACUGUCCCACAAUGGUCAAACUCAUCUCCCCUGAAAAGAUUAAUUUGAGCAAUAACUUCAACCUUAAGACUUCCCACUCAACGAAAUCACCAAAGAUUAUAAAGAAAGCCAUCGUUUAACCUAAUAGUCAGAGACAAAAGUCUCCAAUUAUGAAUAAGGUCAUAGAUCUCUCUAUUCUAAAGAACAGUGAUAAGAGACCAGGCAGGAAUGGCUAGACGCCCUCAUAGAUUAUUGACAAAAUGUAGGGAGUAUUGUCUAAUAAAAGCUUAAGUACUCUAAUGAUGAAAAGCUACUCAAUUAAAAAGAUAAAGCUCAGAGAAGGCAACAAUGGUGCAAGCAGCACACCCAGGACUAGCUAAAAUACAGGCAUAUCAGUAACUUAAAUCACUGCUAAGUAGUCUCAAAAUACUUAGAACAAGGUCUAGGGAUAUGAGUUUUUACUGAGUAAAAGAGACAAAUCUCCUUAGCAGAAUCAGUAGGCUUAUGAGUCACUGUUUACUCAAAAGAGGAUUAAUGACAUGAUUCCAGUUAAGGAACUGAUUCCUGAUAGUAAAUCUUAUUAAAGCAAAAAGUAAUUUGAGAUGCAGAAGAUCGGUGAUAAGCAUCAGAAAGACAUUAAAAGGAUCAAUAAAGAGUUGAAAAAUAUAUGA